AUGCUUGCUGGUAUGGAAGAGUUGCUCCUGCUACCUGGAGAGGUGGUAAAAGAUAUGGGUAAAGAUGUCACGUACAUCUGUCCAUUUACUGGAGCCAUCCGGGGGAGUUUCACAGUUACGAACUACAGACUGUACUUUAAAAGUUUGGAGCGGGAUCACCGCUUGAUAUUGGAUGCUCCUCUGGGAAUCAUAAGCCGAAUUGAAAAAAAAUUGGGGGAGCUGCAAGUCGUGGAGACAAUUCACAUGGGAUAGAAAUUGUGUGCAAGGACAUGAGAAACAUGAGAUUUGCCUACAAGCAAGAUGGACACACUCGCAAAACUGUGUUUGAGAGCCUCAUGGCUUAUGCCUUCCCGUUAAGUCACAAUUUGCCUCUGUUUACCUUUGAAUACAAAGAAGCCUUUGUGGAAAAUGGCUGGAAGGUGUAUGACCCUAUACUAGAGUACAGAAGACAGGGGGUGCCUAAUGAGAGUUGGAGAAUUACAAGAAUUAAUGACCGGUAUGAUCUUUGUGACACCUACCCAGCCACUCUGGUGAUCCCAGUAACUAUGUCUGAUGAUGAAGUAAGGAGGGUGGCUGCAUUCAGAUCAAAUGGGCGUAUACCAGUUCUCUCUUGGAUUCAUCCGGAAAGUCAGGCUACUAUCGUACGGUGCAGUCAGCCCACCCCAGGUGUCAAUGGGAAGAGGUGUAAAGAAGAUGAGAAGUACCUCCAAUCCAUCAUGGACGCCAAUGCGCAAUCCCAUAAGAUCUUCAUUUUUGAUGCUAGGGCUAGUGCCAAUGCUGUGGCUAAUAAGUCUAAAGGAGGAGGAUUUGAGAGUGAGGAUGCGUACCAGAACGCGGAGCUGAUCUUUCUGGACAUCCACAAUAUUCACGUGAUGAGGGAAUCUCUGAGGAAGCUGAAGGAGAUCUCCUAUCCUAUUAUUCAGGAAUCCCACUGGCUGUCAAAUCUGGAGUCCACGCACUGGCUGGAGCACAUUAAGUCCAUCCUCGCUGGUGCCUUGCGGAUUGCUGACAAAGUGGAAUCUGGAAAGACCUCUGUGGUUGUUCAUUGCAGUGAUGGCUGGGACCGCACAGCACAGCUCACCUCUCUUGCCAUGCUCAUGCUGGAUGGUUACUACCGCACUAUUCGUGGCUUUGAAGUGCUCAUCGAAAAGGAAUGGCUCAGCUUUGGGCACAGGUUCUAUCUUAGAGUUGGCCAUGGUGACAAGAACCACGCAGAUGCUGACAGGUCCCCGGUGUUCCUGCAGUUCAUUGAUUGUGUUUGGCAAAUGACGAGGCAGUUUCCUCAUGCAUUUGAAUUCAAUGAACAUUUUCUGCUGACUAUUCUGGAUCACCUUUACAGCUGCUUGUUUGGAACAUUCCUGUGUGACAGUGAGCAGCAAAGACUACAAGAGUCCAUUCUUGACGAGACUGUCUCCUUGUGGUCAUACAUUAACAGCCAACUUGAAGACUUUACUAAUCCACUGUUUGUGGAUUACUCUGACCAUGUCUUGUACCCAGUGACCAGCACAAGGCACCUCCAGCUCUGGGCAGAAUAUUACAUAAGGUGGAACCCAAGGACUAAGCCACAUGAUGAUGUCAAGAGUCGCUGUAAGGAUUUGCUUGUCAAGCGAGUGGAACUGCAGAAGAAACUGGAAGAGCUUAAGCAGGAGAUGAGUAACCGCUCUCUGUCCUCCGACCGGGGAGGGUCUGUGCAUUCUGUCACCCAGACCGUUGUUUAA